UUCAUCUAAAACAAAACAAACAAGAAUUAUUUAUUUAAAUCUACCUCCAAAAUUAUAAAUUUACAUUUGUUCUGAAUAAUUUAUGAGGUUACUGUAAAAUUGUGAGAGGAAUACACGAAAUUUUAUCAGUAUUAUCUUAUACAUGAUAAUUAGAUAAAAUCUGACAUAGUAACUCUUGCGAGUAUAGAAGUGUACAUUGACCUAAGUAUAAGUUUUAUACGUAACGUUGUAAGUUCUUCAUUAAGCAGCCGGCCUUUUUACGCGAUAAGCUUAUGAAGGUCAGUGAUGUCAACGAGUUAAUACACACAUGGAAUGGACCUAUACAUAAAAUAUUUAUAUUCAGUGUCUAAUUAAGCUAAAACAACGUCAGUGCAUCAAGAUGGAGAGGAUUUUACGAGGAAUAAUGCGAUACCGAGUUUUGGAUCGCGCAACCAUGGUGAAGCAGUUCGAGCAAGUUCAAGACCAUCCAGUGCCUAAAGCUGUAUUCUACACUUGUAUGGACAGUAGAAUGAUUCCCACAAGAUUUACGGAAACCAGCGUCGGAGACAUGUUUGUAGUUCGAAAUGCCGGCAACGUAGUUCCUCACUCCCAAUAUUUUUCCGAUGAAAUGACAAGUUGUGAACCGGCGGCUAUGGAACUUGGAUGUGUUAUAAACGAUGUGCGGCACAUCAUAGUAUGUGGGCAUAGCGACUGUAAGGCAAUGAACUUAUUGUAUAAACUUAAAAGUCCUCAAGAAUCUAACAUUGAACAACGCCGAAUAUCUCCUUUAAAAUCAUGGCUGUGCAAUCACGCAAAAACAAGUUUAGAUAAAUUCCUGGCUAUGAACGGUGACUUCAAGAAACCUAUGAUAUUCACAGCUGAAACAGAACAACGAAAAUUCGUUGCCUACAUUGACCCUGAAGACAAAUUUUGUAUUGAAGAUAAACUAUCACAGGUCAAUACGCUCCAGCAGUUGCAGAAUGUAGCUUCAUACGGAAUGUUAAAAAAACGUUUACAAAAGCACGAUCUUCAUAUCCACGCUCUCUGGUUUGAUAUCUAUACUGGCGACAUAUAUUAUUUCAGCAGACGAGCUAAGACGUUCGUGAUAAUUGAUGAGUCAACUUAUGAAAAUAUCCUAUCAGAAGUGCGACGCUAUUAUUCAUAGAUUUUAGAUAGGUAUAGAAAUACAGCGACUAUAAAUAAGCGAAAACUUAAGUACACUAUUUGAUCAAUUGGACUAUAAAAAAACGUAAUGCACGGGUCCAUUGUAUAGUCUGUCUGUCAAUUAUAAGUUGGCUUUUGUUGGAGUUUUUUUGCAUAUUUGCCGCCACAGGAACGCCAUCUUAUACUUGAAAGACUGAAAUCAAAUCAAAUAUUUUAUAAGUUGUAUUUGUUUUUUUUAUUUGAUUUACAUUAUAUUAUAAUUGUUCGGAUGUGUAGGUAAGUACUUAAGUUUACUAUAAAGCGGCUGGUUUAUUUUUAUCGAUAUAAGAGUAGGUCCCAUAGUGGGAGUUUCUUAGUAUAUCGGGUACUUACAUUAUAUUGUCCUACCAAUGGGCAUUACAUUGAUAAAAUUUCACUCUGAGUACAUUAAUAUAGGUUAUCAGGAUAAAGAGACUAGUGCUAUUUUGAAUCUAUUAUUUAUGAUGCUGCAUGUCAGCAAAUAAUAUGAACUUACUUAUAUGCGGGGUUCAUGAUCAUGAUGAUGAUUAUGAUAAAGCGGGGGUUUAACCUUCGCUAACUUAUUGUAAGUGACCUAUGACUAAGAG